AAACACCUGCCACGGGGCAAAGACCCAUUAGCACUGACGAGUGCACGUUCAGCUAGAUACAAGCAACGAACAGAUCACGGGAACACCAUCAGCUACUAGCCAUCAGCGAGAAUGCCACAACAGCAUCAGGUACUAGCUAGACAGAGAUCAACAGCUCCGGUCGUCCGUAAUACAUACAGACUAGACAAGUCAAUCCAACGAAACCAAAUGUCCAAUCAAGGGUGGAGAGAUUAAUCUGUUCAGAUCGGCGUAAUUCUUCGAUAUGAAGAGAGGCUGCAUUUCAGGAGAACAAGUGAAAAUGAUAAACUCAUUUCGAAGUCAGCAUGACGACACAGCCCAGUCAGCUGGCACUCUUAAGCUUAUAUAUUUUUUUCUUCUAGAAAUAUUCCGAAUUUGAUUUAGUCUUUUACCCAGUCAAGGCGGGUGUCUAUACUUGAUGUCAUUCUCGAUACAUUAAUGAGGCAACGACUAGCUAGAGAAGAUAGCAGGCAUCGUUUUCUAAAAGACUAACCAGUCCAUAAUAAUUGUAAAAUGCCAAAAACAAGGAAAGAGAAAACAAGAUACAAUCACUUCCUGACAUCUAGACAGAAAGGAUAUUAUCCCGUACGUAUUAUUGAGCAUACAAAUGGUACACAAACUCCUCUCGUUUGUGUACCGAAGGCUGGUACAUAAGCCUGACAGUGGCGACGUAUGAGAUCAAUUGAGGGAGGAGCCUCGACGAUAUUUGGUUAAGGAAGAAACAAAAUGUAAGGUAGUACCCGGUUCCCUCGUCUUUUAGCACUGGGAUAAGCACUCUAUUCUCGUUUGGCAAUGAGUUCUCGAAACGGAAAAAACUAUAGCAAACACUUUUCGCACUGGGCUAGCACCUUUUCGCAGAUCCCCCUUGUGCAAUUUCCGCAAAGUAGACGAUCCAAUCCAACAAAACCAAAUUCCCAAUCAAGGCGAAGAGAUUAAUAUGUUCGCUAAUUCAGGUUGCGGCAAUUCUUCAGUGCGGACAGAGGCUGCAUAUCAGGAAAACCAGUGAAAAAGAAUGACCUCAUUUCGAAGCUAGCGUGACAACACAAUACAAUCAGAUGGCACCCUUCAGCUUAACUUCUUUUUUUUAAGAAAUAUUUCGAAUUAAUUUCAUUUGAUCAUUUACCCAGUCUAUACUUGCUGUCAUUCUCGAUACAUUAAGGGGGCAACAACUAGCAAGAGAAGACAAUGGGGUAUCAUUUUCUAAAAGACUAGUUGGUCUGUAAUAAUUGUAAAAUGCCGUGGAUAUUAUGGAGCAUACAAAUGCUUGGCCUUCGUGACCCCUCUCGUUUAUAGUGCAUACAAGAUAGUGCCAAAGGUAGGAGGUGCAUUCUAGGCAACGGCGCAGGCAGGAAAAGCGGUCUUCUCCUCAGAAACUAGAAGCAGCAAAUCAAAAGCGUCUUCGAUGUUAUCUUUUCUCCUGUUGCUUCUCUUGCCAUACGUACUCCAACCAGCAUCAGUGAGAGCAUUCAGCAAUAGGAGUGAUGUGAAUUCCUUGCUGGCAUUCAAGUCAAGCCUAAGAAACCAGCAUGGUGUCCUAGCUACAUGGAACACAACUACUGACUUCUGUCAGUGGCCUGGCGUCGGUUGCAGCAUUAAGCACAAGCAAAGGGUCACAGUGCUUAACCUCUCUUUUGAGGGCCUUGGUGGCACGAUCGCACCUUCCAUUGGGAACCUCUCCUUCUUGAGAAUUCUAGACCUCAGCCAGAACAAUCUGCAAGGUGAAAUACCUUCAUCAAUUGGUCAUCUGUCUCGCUUACGAUAUCUUGAUUUGUCCAACAACUCAUUGCAUGGUGAAGUAAACGCUGGAUUGAAGAAUUGCACCAGCCUUGAAAGAAUUAACAUUGGCACAAACGGUUUGACUGGAAAAAUUCCUGCUUGGCUCGGAGACUUGUCAAGUCUCACCGGCAUAGACCUGGCCGAAAACAACUUCACUGGAAUCAUCCCGUCAUCACUUACUAAUCUCUCAGCAAUGCAAAUAAUCAAUUUCUUCAGAAACCAACUCGAGGGUGCCAUCCCUGAGGGCCUUGGCAGGCUUGGUAGCCUUGCCGCCAUAAUCCUGGAUGGAAAUCAUCUCACGGGCACUAUUCCUACAGCUCUCUUCAACCUUUCCUCUCUAAUACAGUUCAGUGUGGUAGAAAAUGAAUUGGGCGGUAAACUGCCACCAGACUUUGGGGAUCACCUCCCAAAUCUCAAGAGCCUACUCUUCGGAGGUAACCACUUUACAGGAAACCUUCCAGCUUCUCUUGUCAACUCAACUGAGAUAUUUCAGCUAGAUGUCGCCUUCAACAACUUCACCGGAAGAUUGCCUCCAGAGAUCGGAAUGCUCUGCCCAGACUACCUCAGCCUUGGAGUAAAUCAGUUCAUGGCGACUACCAUGCAAGACUGGGAGUUUAUGACGUUGUUGACAAACUGCACACGCCUCCGUGUACUUAACCUCCAGUUCAACAUGCUAGGUGGUGUGCUGCCUAGCUCAGUUGCCAAUCUAUCAACACAACUCCAAGUGCUAUAUGUUGGAGUCAAUGAGAUUUCCGGAAAGAUACCAUUUGGUAUAGGCAAUCUUGUUGGGCUAAACCGAUUGCAGCUAGCUCGUAACCGAUUUUCUGGUGCCUUGCCUGACACCAUAGGAAGGCUAAAUUCACUACAAUCCCUGCAGCUGUAUAGUAACCUACUGACAGGCUUCAUGCCAUCCUCACUUGGGAACUUGACGCAGCUCCUAACCCUGUACACAGAUCACAACAUGUUUGAGGGGCCUCUUCCAGCAAGCCUUGGGAACCUAAGAGAGAUAACUAGAGCAAACUUUGCGAACAACAAGUUCACAGGUCCAUUGCCUAAAGAGAUCUUUAACCUAUCGUCCCUGUCAGACGUCCUGGAUUUGUCAAGCAAUUACUUUGUUGGUCCUCUUCCACCUGAAGUAGGCGGCUUGACAAACCUUGCACGCCUAUACUUAUCGCAGAACAACUUGUCAGGGGCCCUACCUAAUGCACUCAGCAAUUGCCAGAGCUUGACAGAACUCGGGUUGGACGGUAACUCCUUUGAUAGUAGCAUUCCCUCAUCUAUCAGUAAAAUGCGAGGUCUGAUGUUGCUAAAUCUGACAAAGAACACACUUUCAGGUGUGCUUCCACAAGAUUUAGGGCUAAUGGGUGGCCUUCAAGAGUUAUACCUUGCAUGCAACAACUUAUCUGGUCAUAUCCCAGAAAGCUUGGAAAAUGUGGAAUCAUUGUACCAGUUAGACCUAUCCUUCAACCAUCUGGAUGGCAAAGUUCCAUCACGGGGAGUGUUCAUUAAUGCAUCUGGGUUUUCAUUUGGUGGGAACUUGGGGCUUUGUGGUGGUUUACCAGAGUUACAUUUGCCCCCAUGCCAGCCAGAAUCCGUGGGACAUGGCUUUAGCAAACGCCAUUUGACUAUCAUCCUAGUUACCACAAUUGCUGGCAUAAUUCUUGCUUUGAGUUUGAUGCUUGCUUUCUUCACAAUGAGAAAGAAAUCAAAAGCUCGGUCUACAACGACAGGAGGAUUCCAGUUGAUGGACGUCAGUUAUCCCAGAGUUACUUAUGCUGAAUUGGUCCAAGGAACAAGUGGCUUUGCAGUAGACAAUUUGAUUGGCAGAGGAAGGUAUGGAUCAGUGUAUAAGUGCUGUUUGCUGCUCAAAAAUAUGAUGACCACAGUAGCUAUAAAGGUUUUUGAUCUUCAACAGUCUGGCUCUUCCAGAAGCUUUCUAGCUGAGUGUGAGGCACUUGGUAAGAUCCGACAUCGUAAUUUGAUCAGUCUCAUAACUUGUUGCUCAAGCUCUGACUCGAACCAAAACGACUUCAAAGCCAUUGUGUUCGAGUUCAUGCCUAAUGGGAGCCUAGAUAGGUGGUUACACAUGGAUGUACAUGUAUCGCAUCAACUGCAAGGCUUGACAUUGAUGCAGAGACUAAAUAUUGCAGUUGAUAUUGCUGAUGCGAUAGAUUAUUUACACAACAACUGUGAACCGCCAAUAAUUCAUUGUGACUUGAAGCCAAGCAACAUUCUUCUCAAUGAGGAUUUAGUUGCUCAAGUUGGGGACUUUGGCCUUGCAAAGAUUCUUUCCGAACCAGCAGCUGACCAACUGAUCAAUUCAAAGAGCACAGUUCGAAUAAGGGGAACAAUUGGAUACGUAGCUCCAGAAUAUGGCGAAGGUGGUCAAGUUUCUUCUUGUGGAGAUGUGUACAGCUUCGGAACUGUCAUGCUCGAGUUGUUUACAGGCAUGAGACCUACUCAUGACAUGUUUAGAGACGGGUUGACCCUGCAGAAACAUGCCGAGAAUGCAUUUCCAGGGAUGCUAAUGCAGAUUGCUGAUCCAGUCCUACUGUCCGCUGAAGAAGCCAAUGAUAAUAGUUUGCAGGAUGGAAGCAACACAGUGGAACAUGCCAUAUUCUCUGUCAUGAAGGUUGCGCUAUCAUGCAGCAAGCAUGCACCGACAGAGAGAAUGUGCAUCAGAGAUGCUGCUGCUGCGAUUCACAGGAUAAGGGAUGGCUAUGUUAAAGCAAGACAAAAUGAGGGGGUUGCUACAGCUGCAUUUACCGCAAGGCAUUUUGCUGAAACAUCCAGGGCAGCCCCUUGAACUGGCAUCACACACGCACUCUUAAUUAAUGGCUUUGUAGUAGUUAUAUAUUGCACUCGUAUGGUUUUCAUAUGUUAGUUUCUGGCUGGUGAUGUUCUCUUAGCUUGUUGAUAUGCCGUUUGCAGCCUAUCUGUCACUCUACCUUCAAUAGUUAAUAUGGUUUGUAUAUUGGGAUGCCCAUCAUGAACUGGUAAUAUCAUUUGUAUCGGCUACUAUUUGUGCUAAAUACAAAUAUUAGUGAAUCCCUUCCAUCUAAAGGACUGCAUGAUAUAUUCGCUAAUAACACGAUUGGACAAAUCUGUACUUUGUUCCCAGGCGUUUAAGUGGUCAGUAUAUGAUGGUAGAUUUGUAUAAAUGAAGGGCAGAUACAAGUUGAAUAUGCAUAUCUUACUUCUUUCUACUAGAAAAAAGAAAACUCUUUUAGAUGGAGAAAGGAUAUCCGGUACUCACCA